ACGCAAUGGUGUUACACAGUCACCUAGCUUCGUGGCCGCGGAGAAGUAGGCUACAGGGGUUAAUAGCGGACUCGGAUUACUAAAGAGAAAUAACAUUAAUGUGCGGAUUUACCGACCUCGGUCGUGCGGCGUGUUUGGACUUUUGGAGCGUCGAGGAAACCGGCGCAUUGGACUGGGAGCCGAGAGUCUUUAUUGAAAAGGGAACAUGGCAUUUGUCCCAAUACAAAGACUAAGUUAGGGCAGAAAACGAACAAUGUCACUGAAUGUUUUGAACACGAAAAGAAAAUUUGCCAGGUGAGCGUAUGAGGACUCAGUUUUGCAGCCGGACAGAAAGAGGUGUGCUUUAGGCAGAUGUGUGACACUAUUAUUAGUGCAUCGCCAGCUGCCAGCAUGUAAUUUAAAGGGUCCUUGCAGUAACAGUACCGCCAAACCGUCUAUCUGCAGUGCUUUGACGAACAAAGCGACAGUUCUUCCCGUGGGACACUGUACUAGUGACAUAACCAGUUUUUUUAAAAAAAAAAAAAUACAAUGGAAAUGCUGGAGUGUCCCCUUUGCCUCUGUCUGAUGUGCGAGCCGGUGACCGUGUCGUGCGGCCACACGUUCUGCCGGAGGUGCGUCGGGGGCUACCUGCCUUCCAAAUGUCCGCUGUGCAAAGAGAGGCUAAAACAAAAGGAGGUGAAAAACACGAAGAACAACGUCUUGCUCAUCGGCGUCGUGGAAAAGUGCUGGCCCGAAGAGAAGGGGAUGAAGUGCCAAAUUCAGGAGAAACUCAAAGCCACCGAGUUCGCGGAAGCGUUACGCUUAGCGAACGAGGGGCUGAACUUAGUCCCAGACGACCAGAGUUUGAAGGUGUUCAGGGCCGAAGCGAACUUGGGCCUGAGGCGUUUCUCCGACGCUCUGACGGACCUCGACUACCUCUGCUGCCUUCGCCCCAGCUGGACAGAGGGCUCCUUUCAUAAAGGGAAUGUACUGUUGGAAAUGGGUCAGCAGAAAGAAGCCCUCAUCCACUUCCACCGUUGCCUAAAACUUCAAGCUGAUUUUGUUCCCGCAAAGAGCCAGAUUAAGAAGAUCCUGGAGGCAGAGGGAGUGGAAGUGCCAGAGGAGAUGCCCUGCAUUUUGCAGGCAGUGUCCGAGUACCUAAAAGAGCCCUGCCCCAUCACAACCCUCGGCAGCUCGCAGGGGCCGGUUCAUGCUGAAGGCUUCAAACAUCCUCAUGGAGAUAAGGGAGAAGGAAAAGGGAGGAGAGAUACACAUCAGGUGAAGCACGACACGGGUACUGAAUGCUGCCUCAGCCUCUGCCAAGCGGUUUCCUUCCUCCCCGCUGCUGACGAGGAUGAAGAGAUGAUGACGAGGAAAGAAGACUUGCACGGCAAGUUCUUAGGUGAAAGUUAUCACGAGAGAGAGAACGGCAUGGUUAUUCUCACCGUGUCGGACUUUGAGUGCCCUCUCUGCAUUAGGUUAUUUUUUGAGCCAGUCACAACUCCUUGUGGGCACACAUUCUGCAAAAACUGCAUCGAGAGGAGCCUAGACCACAACCUCCGCUGUCCACUCUGCAAACAGCCGCUGCAAGAGUACUUCAGAAACAGGAAGUACAACCCCACAGUUCUGCUCCAGGACAUCAUGACCCGACUUUUUGCCCCCCAGUUGGCUGAGAGGAAACAGGUCCACGAUGCUGAGAUGGCUGAACUGUCAAAUCUCACUAAGGACAUCCCUAUAUUUGUCUGCACCGUGGCCUACCCUGGAGUGCCCUGUCCACUGCAUGUGUUUGAGCCUCGCUAUCGGCUGAUGAUGCGCCGCUGCAUGGAAACCGGCACCAAGAAGUUUGGCAUGUGCAGCUACGAGCAUGGCAGAGGAUUUGCAGAUUAUGGCUGUAUGCUGGAGAUUCUCGAUCUGGAGCUCUUGCCUGAUGGACGUUCUUAUGUGGAAACAAUUGGUGGGAGCAGAUUCAAGGUACUGAAAAGAGGCCAAAGGGAUGGUUACCACACCGCUGAUAUAGAGUACCUAGAGGACAUCAAGGUUGAUGGCAGUGAGUUGGAGCUUCUGCAGCGUCUGCACGACAGCGUGUACCAGCAGGCCCAGGACUGGUACCAGCGACUCGGCAGCCGCAUCCGCGAACAGAUUAACAGACAGUAUGGUGCCAUGCCGGAUAAGGAGGACAAUAUUCAGGCUUCGCCUAAUGGUCCAGGAUGGUGCUGGUGGCUGCUGUCUGUCCUCCAGCUGGACCCCGCCUAUCAGACCACCGUCCUGUCCCUGAACUCUCUCAAAGAUCGCCUGGGACACCUCCGCCUUGUCCUUGAGUACUUCUCUCAGAGCUAGACCCUCCAGCACAGUGGUACUGAGACCACGGCUAACUGACACCAAUAUUAUGCACAACACAUUAAAAAAGAAGUGAAAUCAAACAAAUGCACACACAACACAUUUUGAGUUUCAGGGUUGGGUUUGGGACUAUCCUGUAUCGUUUCUAUUUACUGUGCUCGAGUCACAACUGAAGGCCAGAUCACCUGGCUGCUAGCUAAAAGCUUGUGAUUUUUAUCACACAAUCCAGUUGGUCAGAGUCAGGUUUUUGCUGUUUUGAGUGUUUCAUAUAUUUCUUACACCAGAAUAUUCUUCUGCACACACACUGUACGUGCUGUACCAGUGACAACUACAGGGUUGACCAAAGAUUGAUCAUGAAUUGUGGGGAAAUCGAUAACAUUGCAGAAAACUAACACUGGGUGUCACUGUUUCACUCCAGUUGUUACAUUUAGAAAAUCAUGCAAUAGCAUCAGCCCAACUGUUAAACGUGCAUAUAUGGUCUACUUCAGCUGCACUUGUUGCAUUCAGAAGGAAGAGAGCUGAAAUAAGCAUAAACAGCAAUCGGCACUUAAUUUGUAGAGAUAUUUUUUGCAAGACUAUGAACCUCCAGAGGGUGAAAGUUCAUGUGCCAAAAUAUUUUUUGGGGAAAAUUCACAGUGAUUGUCUUGUGCUGCACAACACUAUUUGUAAUGCCUGCAUGUUAACUGCAUCUACGCUAUUGACUAUAACUAAGUUUGUACUAUUAAAGAAUUUACUAAGAUCCCUAUUUAGCACCGGCGAAUAAUCCAGUAAUUUAUACUAUCACAUGGCAGCAACUUGAAUAAAAGCUGCUGUUUUUUUCUUUUUCAGUGAAAUGAUGGCAUUGAGAUAGCAGCAGGUUUGCAUUAUGCUACGAACCUGCGAUUAUGCAUGCUGAUGGUCAAGUAGCGGUCAAGUGUGUCAGGUGUAAAACAAGUCACUCUUGACACAAGCCAUUGUUUCCACUUCUUUCUUUUUCUUGUUUUUUUUUUUUUCUUUCAAAAGUAGAUAUGGUGUGUUGUCUGCACUGAUAACAGUUACUGUAAAGUUUGAGUCUGUGUAGGUGGUGACACCUAACUCUGGCCCAUCUACCACCAAAGUCGUGGUGCCUUUGAGUGCCUGGGCUGACCCACCAGGAGACCUGCAAGUCUUAGUUUUUACAUGGCGUUGAUGAUGAACUGGGUGAUCUUUUGUGGAGAUAGUGCUACAUUCCGUGGAAUGUUGAAGCUGUAAAGUAACGUAGAGCUAAUUUACUAAACACUACAGGCUUAACUGGGUGAUUUUAAAAAAAGAAAAAUUGAUACAUGUGCCAUUGAUAUUUCUAUAUUAAUUGCUUUAUAUAAAUAGGUGGCCAACUUGUCACUGUGUUUAUGUCUGUCUAUAUCAUGGAUGCUGAAGCUAGCCUUGAUUCCUUUUAUGCCUUUUGUAUGGUGGGCAGCAAACUUUUUUUUUUUAACAUUUCUUGGCCAACAUAUCACUUUAAAUAAUAAGAAUUAGACCAGCAACACACUUAACAGAUACAGUUUUUAUGACAGGGAGACGCGAAAGUCAGUUUCCUGCUUCCAGACAAUAAAGCUAACUCAAAUCAGAAAAGGGAUUUAAUUCCAUGUCCACAGAGGCGAUUUUUUUUUUCACCUCUCUGACUCAAUUUCUAAGACAAAUACUUUUGCACAUUAAAAUCAUUUUGGUGGGGCUUUGUUUUCUGAUGCUCACCUACAGUCCCUCACACCUCUUGCAUGUUUCUGUUUGUCAGUGUUAUCGUUUGAAGAGAUUUCCAUGAAUAGAAUAAUGAUCUGUGUCGAUCAUAGCCAGCUAUGUCACGUUAGUUUACUCUGCGCCGCUGUGAGAUUACAAUUCACAAUGUUUUUUUUGUUUGUUUUUUUUUUUACAUAACAACUCAUCCCAGUCUAACUCUUUGUCAUCUUAGUGUUUAGCUGGUGUCCAUUCAUUGGGUAGGUUCAAACGUCUGCUAAUGCAUGCCCCCCUCUUUACACCCUGGCAGCUGUUCAUUGACAUCGGUGCUACCGGACUGUCAGAAAAUGCCCACGAGCACAGUUAAACCAGUUUUCACUGAAUCCACACCGUCUCCAAUGCUGAACACGAGGCAUAAUCAGCGACCUGUUCUUGGCAGCGAUUGCCCAUGAGAAUGAGCCGCACAGUUGUCUGCUCAGGAAAAAAUAAAAAAGGCUGUGAAAAGCACCAUGGCGACUUGUUCCUGCUAUGUGCUGCAGAUCUUACAGGAAACAUUGGCCGCUGUGGUUGGACGGUCAGUGGUCUGUGGGCUGCGUGUGAACUGAAGACAUGCCUGUUUUAGUACCACUCUGUCAGCACGCAUGCAAAUCUGCCGAAAGCGAGAACAAUGUGCGCCAGAUGACGGAUUUGCUUUUAAAUCCCCCCACCCUUCAAGCCAAGAGCAGCGAAUGAUCUUGAUCUGAAUAUUUCUUACCUGCUUGCCCACCCCACCCCCUCCCUCCCAGAUUGAACUUUUUAAAUGUUGUUAUAAAUAAAAAAAA